UAGAGAUCACAUAGUGAUGCAAAUAUAUGCAACCUGAUUAAACCAGCAACAAUGAUAAUCAUCACUGACCAAUUUCAUGUUUAUUAUGCUAAAAACAAUUGCAAGGGUAUAAUAGGAAACUAAGAAAACACCAUAUUUUUGUUUCCUUUUUGGAGACAAAACCAAGAAAUGGAUAUAUUGAAUGAGUAUUUAUCAAGCAAAGUGGAACAAAUAGCUUCAUCUCUAUAUAACUACACAUUAAGGGCAAAACGAAGUCAUAAUGGUGGACAUUGUUGUCAUUGUUAUCAUUGUUAUCAUGGUCUCAAAACCCUUGUUCAUUUAGAAGAAAAAAACAUACAAAAGAGAAUUAUACAUUCCUACAACAUGUCCAAAACCAAAACUACUACAAUGUCAAAAGAUUCAAAUAUGUAUUCUUCGUUGUGGGAGAGACUAUCGAAGUCAUUGUGGUCGUCAUCUCCUGGUUCUCCGACAUUACUAUCGACAGUAAUGGGAGAUUUGAUUGGAACGGAGAGCGGAGAUUGCAUGAGCUGUGAUUUAACUGACGAGCGUCUAGGCCAAAGUCAAAGAAGCGGAUUUAUAGUCAAAGAGAAGAAGAGAGAGAAAAAAGUAUUUCCUCCGGCAAUAACAUUGUUGAGAGAAACCGGAGCAGGAGGAAUGCCUUCGUGUUUUAAAAAGGAAUGUGGUGAAGAUGGAAGGUUAAUUUUAAAGUCGGAGAAUAUGAAAUGUCAUUGCGAAUAUAUGGAAGCCAAUCGAGAAAAUGGCAGGCUUAUCAUGAGGAUGACCCAUCUCGAUGAUAAUGGAUGGCCCAUCGAUGUUGAGGAGGAGGAGGAGGAGGAGGAGGAGAGUGAUUUAGAAAUUGAGUUUGAGAAAGAGUUGGUGAAGGAAGGUAGCAGUGAUGUGUCCAAGAAUGAGAGUGGAAGUUGUUGGGCCGAUUUACGUCAAUGUGCUUCUUAUGGCAAUGGUGGAUUUAUUCGGGCACAAUUAGAAGGAUCCUUUUAUUUGGGACUAUCUGGUUCUGCGCCGCUUCCGCCCAUUACUUCUGUCAUGUGAGCUUGUUAAGCUUAGCUAUAAACUCUUUUAACUACUGUGCGAUGCAAGUUCAACAAAAGAGAUACAGCGAAAUAUCAAGUCUAGUGAGUGGAGUGUCUUGCUAGUGGAAAAUAUGUUGUUGUUUUUUUCUUCUUCUUCUUCUUCCUAAUUCAGUAUUUUGUCUCCGACUUUUCAGGAAUUAUUGCAU